CCGGGCGCUGUAUGUGAUUUGCGCGCCCUUUUCUUUUCGUCACGUGACCGCGCCCGGCCAAUCGGCACGCUACUGUCCCUCCCAUUUCUCCAGUGUCGCAGUGAGGCCGUUACAUCGCCGAGUGGACACAAGGUCUGUGGCAGCUACCAGAAAACUCUUUCCACCUUAAGCAUCGAGACAAUACUUUGCAACAAUGCGUCCCAUGCGCAUCUUCUUGAAUGAUGACCGCCAUGUGAUGGCCAAACACUCGGUAGUGUAUCCGACCCAAGAGGAGCUAGAAGCUGUUCAGAACAUGGUGUCUCACACGGAGAGGGCCCUGAAAGCCGUGUCCGACUGGAUUGAUCAGCAGGAAAAGGUUCUCAUCACGGAAGCAGCACAGCCAGAAGCAGAAGUUACAGAGGAUUCUACAGAAGACAGCAAGGAUAGUGAGGCCAAAACUGGGGAAAACCCAACUAGGACUCUACGUGGAGUGAUGAGAGUUGGCCUUGUCGCAAAAGGUCUUCUUCUCAAGGGCGACUUGGAUUUGGAGCUGGUUCUCUUGUGCAAGGAUAAACCCACCAUCUCUCUCCUGAAGAAAGUAGCAGAAAAUCUAAUUGUACAGUUUGCGUCUGUUUCUGAAGAGAAGUACGAUGUCAUCCAGAAUAUCAGAGAAGCCUCAAUUGUAAUCAAAAACACAAAAGAGCCUGCUCUAACACUUAAUAUUCGCCUGACAUCCCCCCUGGUACGCGAGGAGAUAGAGAAGAUAAAUGCUGGAGAAACGAUAUCAGUCAGCGAUCCUCCGGACGUUCUGGACAGGCACAAAUGCCUUGCUGCAUUGGCGUCACUCCGACACGCCAAGUGGUUCCAGGCUAGGGCAAAUGGGUUAAAAUCCUGUGUUAUUGUCAUCCGUGUGCUUCGGGAUCUCUGCACACGUGUACCAACGUGGGAGCCGCUACGUGGAUGGCCUCUUGAGCUCCUGUGUGAAAAGGCCAUUGGAACAGCAAAUAGACCAAUGGGGGCCGGCGAAGCCCUCAGGCGAGUUCUCGAAUGCCUUAGCUCCGGAAUUCUUAUGCCAGAUGGGCCUGGCCUCUAUGACCCGUGUGAAAAAGAAGCAACUGAUGCACUUGGACACCUUGAGAGACAGCAAAGAGAGGACAUCACCCAGAGCGCACAACAUGCACUGAGACUGGCUGCUUUUGGUCAGCUGCACAAAGUCCUUGGGAUGGACCCUCUGCCUACAAAGCUACCUGCAAAGAAACCAGUUCCUGAGCCAACCAUAGACUACACAGUCCAAAUCCCUCCCAGCACAACCUACGUAAUGCCAGCCCUGAAGCGCCCCAUUGACGAGGACGGAGAAGACAAAUCGCCAAGUAAGAAGAAAAAGAAGAUUCAAAAGAAAGAUGAGAAGAGCGAGCCUCCUCAAGCCAUGAAUGCCCUGAUGAGGCUGAACCAGUUGAAGCCAGGUCUGCAGUACAAACUCCUGUCCCAGACAGGCCCAGUGCAUGCUCCCAUAUUCACAAUGUCAGUAGAAGUAGAUGACAAAACAUUUGAAGCCACUGGACCUUCAAAGAAGACCGCCAAGCUGCGUGUUGCUGUGAAGGUGUUGCAGGACAUGGGUCUUCCCACUGGGCUCGAAGAGAAAGAAGAAGAAGCAUCGGCAGCUGAUGAAGCGGACCAGAAAGCAGCAGCCCAAGCUUCGGCUCAACAAGCCGACUCUUCCCAGGCUGAGACCGGAUCCCCCUCUGAGCAGGCGGAGGGCUCAAAGCAGCAGGGGCCUAUACUUACGAAGCAUGGAAAGAAUCCGGUUAUGGAGCUGAACGAGAAAAGACGUGGCUUAAAGUAUGAGCUAAUCUCGGAAACUGGAGGCAGCCACGACAAGAAGUUUGUGAUGGAGGUUGAAGUCGAUAACGUUAAGUUCCAAGGAUCCGGCUCGAACAAGAAAGUAGCAAAAGCUUAUGCUGCACUUGCUGCUCUUGAAAAACUUUUCCCAAACUUCACCACAUACACGGAGGCACCUAAAAAGAAGAGGCCUCCCAUGAUGCCCAGGGGUGGCCCCAAGUUUGCAGGAAAGCAUAACCAAGGAUUUGGCAUGAUGUACAACGAAGUCCCGCCGCCUCAAAUGCGUGGCCGUGGCGGGAGAGGAGGAGGAAUGAAUCGCGGCAGAGGUCGGGGCCGCGGCGGCUUUGGAGGAGGCUACAUGAAUUCAGGUGGAUACGGUGGAGGAUACGGUUCAGGCUAUGGUGGAGGCUACAACUAUCAGAAUUCUGCCACGGCUGGAUACAGUCAGUUCUACAGUAACGGAGGAGCUUCGGGCAACCAAGGUGGCGGUGCCGGCUCUGGAGGCUACAGCAGCUACUACCAGGGGGAUAGCUACUCUGCGCCAACGCCACCCAAGCCGUUUGUGAACAAGAAACCACCACCUCAGGCACCCCAGCAGCAACCGCCUUCCUCUCAGCAACCCCCACACAUGGGUGCCCCACCUAAACAGCCCUACAGCCAGGGCUACCAGUCACACCAAACACCAGCCGCACAAUCCUACAACCAAAGCCAGUACGGCAACUACGGCCCUCGCAGAAACAGAAGGGAGGCUAUGGCCAGGCACCUCAGGGCGGUGGAAGUGGUGGGUCCUACUCCUACUCCAACUCCUACUCAGGGGGAGCUUCCUCAGGGUACGGUGGAGGAGAAGGUGCUGUUGGCCGAGGUGGCAGCUCGUACACGCCUGGCUCUGGUUACAAUGCAGGUUCACACUCUGGCUACGGCGGACCAAGCAAUACCUCAUCAUACCAAGGCUACACACAAUCCAAUUACAAUCAAGGUCCUGGACAAGGCUACGGUGGCCCUCCAAGUUCAUUUCAGCCCCCUCAAGGUGGACCCGGUGGAUUCGGCAGAAACACAGAUCACAGCAUGAGCUAUCAAUACAGAUAAACUCUAUUCCCUUUUAUCCCUGGCCCCUUUUUGCCUUCUCCCUUUUUGGGUAGGGCGCCUUUUUUUUUUUUUUUUUGUUACCACUUCUGGAUUUAUGGCAUCCAUGGAAAAGGAUUCUCUGUUCCCCGCGUUGAGGUGAUUUUACUCCGGUUCCUUCCACGUGACAUCUCUUUAAUUCCAUCCUGAUUUUUGCAUAGGUCUCUUUUUGCUUUUUUUAGUUUUUUAAUCCGCCGACCAUGCCAGAAGGCCUUUUGUGCAUAUACUGUAAAGUCUCUCUCCUUCUCCCAGCCUUUGUUUUUGUCUUCUGUUUAUUUAAAAUGUGGCUGACAUCAGAUGAGAGCUGUGGGAAGAAUCUUGAUUGAAGAAGAAAAGAAAAUGUAAUGCGGUUGUUCUUUGUGUCUAACAGAUUUCCGCCUCCAGCGUUUUCGUUGUAAUCACCUCCUAAUAAUUACGGUGUUAGUCUGGCAGUAAAACGGUAGAUCUUUGUUCACCCGUGAAGAAUGUUAUGGGAGUGCAGAGACUCUCCCCGCUGUUUGGGUAUUAAGUAAUCUGCGUUAUUUAACACUGUCCAUUGUGAAUGUUCCAAGCACCCACCGCGAGUCGGACCCCUUUUAUUGCCACACUUUCACCACGGGACGGUCCUGUGAUCACUUAAGGGAAGUUGCUGUCCGCAGCAGAAUGUCUCACUUUGAUGCACCCCCUCCUAGUUUUCCUUAUCGUUAAAAUAAUUCUGUGAAGUGACUUAACAAGCUUUAUGUAUUUUAAUGCGUUUAGUGUUUUUUGAAUUUUUGUUCCCUUUUUUUUUUCUUGUUUUAUAAGUGAAAUAAUGAUUUUAUUUGAAGUGGGAUACAUCAAAAGGGUAUUUUUGGGGAAAUUUUUUUUUUGUAUGUCUCGUAUCAUUCAGACAGUAUCUUGAGUGAACCGAAACAUAGACAAAUAAAACUGUAAACAGAA